AUGGAGAGGCCGGGGCAAAAGGAAAAGGGGGGGGGGCCGAUAAAGCCGCUGACUGUCCGAAACCGCCGGCGCGAGAGGGGGAAGGGACAUUUGAAGAAGUCGUGGGACGGAGAACCACCCGAGAUAGCGGGAAGUUGUCCGAAACCGUCGGCGAAAGAGAGGGGUGCUGAUGAGGACAACAGGGGAUGUCCGACGGUUACAGUACGGUACUGCUGUUCCGAGACGGGACGGGACGAACGAGUUCUCGGGCGUUCGGUUCGUUCGUACGUACGUGGUAGCCGAGGUGGCGUCGUGGGAACUGCGUGCGAAGUGAGUCGUGGUAGGGUGGCAGUUGCAGUCGCAGUCGCAGUAGCUUGGGCUCGAAGCCUGACGAGAGAUGGUUCCGAUGACGUCGCGAAGGCAUUUGGGCGUACGAGAGGCGAGGAGGUUGAGGUCGAGGUCGAGGUCGAUGAGGAGGACGAGGAGGAAGAGGGGAGACUUUGGAGGCGGAUCGUUUUGUUGCGUUGCGUUUUGUUUCGAUUUGGUUCGUUGCGGAGCGCCGUGGAUUUAUUAAAUUCUUUCUCGCGCGUAACAGAUUCUUCUCCUUGA